CCCAUCUCUCUCUCACACAAAAUAGGCAAACGCCAAGUCAGUAGUGAAAAUAAAAGCAUCCACUGAAUCACACUUCCUUGAAAACGCGCCACCAAUGUCGGCGGCCAAACCACCGCAGAUAUCACCAUCGUCGUCUUCAAUGGUCAGCAUAAGAGGAUCUCUGCUAACCCUAGCUAUUCUCACUCUCAUAUCCUUCACUUUUCUCUCUCUGAAAUCUCUCCACUCUCCUUCCUCCUCCCCUCCCACCACGGUUCUGAAUGUGGUGGAGGAGGAAGCAGUAACAGAGAAUGUCGAGAGGAGAGAAGAGAUGUCGGAAGUUUAUCACACGCCAGAGAUAUUUAGGUUGAAUUACGCGGAAAUGGAGAAGAAAUUCAAGGUGUAUAUUUACCCCGACGGUGAUCCGAACACCUUCUAUCAAACUCCGAGGAAGCUCACUGGAAAGUACUCGAGUGAAGGUUAUUUCUUCCAGAACAUUCGAGAAAGUCGAUUUCGCACUGAAGAUCCUGAUCAGGCUCAUCUCUUCUUCAUCCCUAUCUCCUGCCAUAAGAUGCGUGGCAAGGGGACUUCAUAUGAAAACAUGACAAUAACUGUCAAGGACUAUGUUGAGAGUUUAAUAGCCAAGUACCCUUACUGGAAUAAAACAUUGGGAGCUGAUCACUUUUUGGUCACUUGCCAUGAUGUUGGAGUGAGGGCAUUUGAGGGGUUGCCAUUUCUUAUAAAGAAUUCAAUUCGAGUGGUGUGCUCUCCGAGCUAUGAUGUAGGGUUCAUCCCACACAAAGAUGUUGCUUUGCCUCAAGUACUACAGCCUUUUGCUCUUCCUGCUGGAGGAAACGAUUUAGAAAACAGGACAAACCUUGGGUUUUGGGCAGGUGGGCGUAACUCCAAAAUUAGAGUUAUAUUGGCAAGAGUAUGGGAGAAUGACACAGAACUUGAUAUAUCAAACAGCAGAAUAAGUAGAGCUAUUGGGCCUUUGGUAUAUCAGAAGAGGUUCUACAGCAAUAAAUUUUGCAUAUGCCCUGGUGGCUCCCAAGUUAACAGUGCUCGUAUAACAGACUCAAUCCAUUAUGGAUGUGUUCCUGUGAUAAUUUCUGAUUACUAUGAUCUUCCUUUCAAUGACAUUAUUGAUUGGCGAAAAUUUGCCGUUGUGCUGAGGGAGAAGGAUGUUUACCAGCUCAAGCAAAUUCUGAAGGAUAUUCCAGAUGCAGAAUUUGUACGGCUACAUAAGGAAUUGGUAAAGGUACAAAAGCAUUUUCAAUGGAACACCCCUCCUAUCAAGUAUGAUGCUUUCCAUAUGGUUAUGUAUGAACUCUGGCUGCGGCACCACGUGAUCAAGUACUGAGUUUCCUCUUCUUUUUUUUGACGUGGAAUACUGAGUUUGCUGUUUCACCUCCUUUUUAUUCACGCAAAAGAAUUCCAGACCCAAUCUCGCAGAUCAAACGGAAGUGAUUCCUAGCUGCCAAUUCUGUAGUUCUGUAAAUUUUGACCUGCUGUUUUCUUAUACUAUCCUACUCGUAUAGUCGUAUAUGAUAGUCUGAAGAUGAUCUAUAUGUAGCCAAUGUAGGAUAUGUCAGCAUUUUUUAAGUUCACGACAUCAUUCAUUCAUUUUGUAUACCUUCUGUCACCUGUAAUGCUUUGUUCUACUUGGAAGUAAAAUUCUCAUUCUUAAUCAUAUACCAACACAAAUUUCCACGA